CCUUUCUUGUACGUCACAUUAUGUCAUACAAAUAAUAAUUACAUGUAUUUAUUACAUAUCAUAUCAAUCAAUGAUAAUUAAUAAGUAUUAAACAAAACUACAAGUACAACAAACUAAAGAAGGAUACACAACGGAAUACACCAAAAUCUGGGAUGGCUGUGAGGAAAUAUUUUACUGUUUGUGCAAUCAUAUUUGUUGUUGGAUUUGAGUUUGCUACGGCUGCGUUUAUUCCAGACAAGGAUUUUCUUCAAAUGCAAGAUCAUCACAUGCCAAACUACAAGAAUAUAUUUGAACAAUACACAGGCCUAGCUGAUGGACCUGAUAACAGUUUAUUAAGAGUAUAUGUUCGUCCGAAUACUCAGAUUGUCUACAGGAACGAGCGGAACGAGCGGCACGGAAGACUCAACUCCGAAUCAUUUGGAGAUCAGAGACUACCGAGAAAUAGAUGGCAAUCGCAUGAAGAUACUGACAGUUUUACAAAACAUUAUGAUCAUAGCAUUAUCAAGCCAAAUAAAAUAACAGAGCGUAGAGAUAACACAUUUCAAACAGUUGUUUCAGAAAUGGAAAAUCAGUUCAAGAAAAGUUCUAAGUCAAUAUUUUCCAAGGCUAAUGACUUAUUUUCUGAUCAAACCACUGAAAAACGAGUAUACGGAAUCAAAGAUUUUGUGCAUGACUUUUUAAAGAUUGUUUCAAACUAAUCUGUUGUUAAAGUUGAAAAUGUAAAUUAUUUAUAUUUUUACAUAAAUUAUUUAUUUCUGAUAAAUAAACGUAUACUUAAAUCUUCA